AUGGUUCUGUGUCUCCCCACGCCGCCUGUGAGCAGCCCCGUCGCGCCCAACCUCGAGAUUGCCGCUGCUCGCGACGACGACAGUGCUGCUGCUAAUGGUGAGAAUGAUGAUGCCAACGGUAACGAAGGCCGUGCUGCCGUGGCUGCUGUCGCUGCUGCUGGCACUCCUGCCACUGCAGCAGACGAGGUAAGCUCGCCUCUGGCUGCUGCCGCAGCUGCUGCAUGUGCCGGCACACGCGCACCAAUCACAUCGCAACACGCGGCUCUAGAUCCAAGCGCAAAUGCUGGCCCUACUCGUCCUCCUCCCGCUGCCGCCGCUGCAGCCUCUGCAGCCGUUGCCGUCGUCGCCACGGCCGAGGCACCCGCAGCUGUGCUUGAAGCUACCCCUUCCACCCUCGCUCCUAGACCUCCACCCGCGCCUACCGCUGCCGCCGCUGCUUCGCGCGCUGCGCCAUCGCGGCCUGCCACGUGUCUAUGCACCAGCGACGCCGCCCGCCUCGCCACCACCCGCGCGGCCGCCCGCCCCAUCCGCGGCUCGUGGGUUGGCACGGGAGUGAUGGGCGCCGCCAUGUGCGGGCACCUGCAGGCUGCUGGCUAUGCCGUCAACGUGUUCAACCGCACGCCCAGCAAGGCGGAAGAACUGGUGGUGGGCGGGGCAGUGCUGUGUGAGUCGCCCGCUGCUGUUGCCGCCAUCUCAGACGUCGUCUUCAGCAUCGUCGGGUAUCCCCAUGACGUGCAGCAAGUGGUGCUGGGGCCGACAGGCGUCCUAUCCGCUCUCAAACCAGGAGGCAUUCUGGUGGACAUGAGCACGAGCCAGCCAUCCCUGGCGAGAGAGAUAGCAGCCGCAGCAGAGGCAAGGCAGUGCUGGGCGGUGGAUGCGCCGGUGUCAGGCGGGGACAAGGGCGCGCGCGAGGCAGCACUGGCGAUAAUGGCUGGGGGAGACGAGGCAGUGGUGCAGGCGCUGCAGCCUCUGCUGUCGUGCAUGGGCAAGUGCACGUACAUGGGGCCUGCUGGGGCCGGCCAGAGCUGCAAGAUGGCCAACCAGGUGACGAUAGCGAGCACCAUGGUGGGGCUGGUGGAGGGACUGCUGUACGCGCACAAGGCAGGCCUGCACAUCCCCACGUGA